UUCUACACUCAGCCAACACGUCCAUUCAGAACUACCUGCUCAUCCUCUAAUUACUAGACUUGCUUGGUUUAUGUUCAUUCAGCUGGAUGUUCGUAGACCUGGCCCAUGGAUGUUGUGUGGCUACAGCAGGAUGAAGCCUUCGGCUUGUAACCCACAUGUACCAAUGGUCAUUUUUCUUCCUACUCCAUGUACUCCACUGUGUGUUUGUGGGUGUGUGACUUGGCGGUGUGUCUGUGCGUUCCUUUCGUGUGUGUGCUCCUACAUAAUGCAAGGCAAGUCCAUUACAAAAGGUCCUUUGUGUGGGCCACCACGGCAACUGGGCUGUGGUUCUGCGCAGGCGUGUGUGUCUGGGUUUGAGGAGAGGAGGACCAGUUCAGUGAAUGGGUUCCAGUGUGUGUCUCGCCCUCCGGCCCAGUGAGCAGAUCUCAGAAUGCUCUCCUUCACUCACACACACCUCCUCCUCUUCCUCAUCACUGUGCACCUGAUCCCCACAACACCUGUUAGUGAGGAACCGUCCUCUCAGGGUCAGGGUCAGGGUCAGGGCCAGGGGAAAAGCAGGAAGAGGGUGAUCCCUGUCCCUCACACAGAGCCCCCCGAACCAGACCCCAUCUCCGAGGCCUACGGCUACUGCAACACCCCCAACCACUCCGAACAGGCCUGGGAGGGACACAGCCCUGUCGACUACAAGCUGCUGUCUGUCCAGGUGAUGAUUCGCCAUGGCGACCGCUACCCCUUGUAUGCCAUCCCAAGGACCAAGCGUCCUGCCAUCGACUGCACCCUGUCUCCCAAAAGGAAGCCCUCCCACCCUCAGCUGAGCUCCUUCAUUGGUCACAUGGCCCAGGGGGGGCGUGCCCUCUGGGAGGGGACUCUUAGCUCAUUGCCCCGCCUCCCUAACCACAACGCCUGUGAAAUGGGAGAGCUCACGCAGACAGGUGUGGUGCAGCACUUGCGUAACGGCCAGCUCCUUCGCCAAGCCUACAAGCGCCACAAACUCCUCCCGGCCGACUGGACGACCAAGCAGCUGUGGGUCGAGACGACCGGGAAGAGCCGUACCCUGCAGAGCGGGAUGGCCCUCCUGUACGGCUUCCUGCCGGACUUCGACUGGAGCCGUCUGACUGUCCACCAUCAGUGGAGCACCUUGUUCUGCGGCUCGGCGUGUGACUGUCCGGCUCGGAACCGCUACCUGGAGGAGGAGCAGAGGAGACAGUACCGCCUCAGAGUGGCGGACGCCGAGCUGGAACGGACCUACGCUGACAUGGCCCGUAUCCUGGGUCUCCCCCCGCGUCAGCUCCGAGCCGCCAACCCUAUAGACUCCCUGCUGUGCCACCUGUGCCACGGCCUGUCCUUCCCCUGCGCGGCAGCAGGGGGCGCUGCGGGCGACGGCGGCUGUUUGACUCUGGCCCAGUUCGCUGUGAUCCGCCGACAGCAGCUGGACGACGAGACAGACAGGAGGAAGGCGGGGAUGUAUCACCGCUAUGCCCUGCUGGCCGCGCACCCCUACCUCAACCGCACGGCCAACAAGAUGGAGCGCGUUGCCAGGGCCAGCGCUCCGGGGCGCAAAGCCCGCGCCGGGAGGGAGGAGGUUUUCAGUCUGUACUCGGCUCACGAUGUCACAGUGGCGCCGCUGCUUAGCGCCCUGGGAUUAGAGGAGGCCAGGUUCCCGAGGUUCGCGGCGAGGGUCGUGUUUGAGUUGUGGAAGAGUCCGUCCGCGACGAAGGUACAGCGGGAGGAACCGGGUCAGGACGACGCCGGUGGGGUGAAAGGGGAAAGUUCAAAGGGCGGUAACGAAGGGGGUGUGUUUGUGAGGGUUCUGUACAACGGGGAAGACGUGACCUUCCGCACAGCCUUCUGUCGCUCGCAUGACCGCCACGGCGCGCAGCCACUAUGCCCCCUGGAUAACUUCCUGUCGUUCGUCAGGAAAGACAUGUUCAGCGUGCUUAACGCCAUAUCCUACCACGACGCCUGCAACCGACGGACAGGCUGACAGGAUGGAGGAAUGGAGAGAGGGUUUGAGGUCAUGUAGCUGAUGUUGGAAUCUGUUAACCCUAAUACCACUUGGUAGGGCCAAGAUGUACAAUUUAAGUGUCUUAAAAUAACAUUCUCGAGAGCAUAUAAUUGUAUGUGCAUCCGUCUUGUGAACAAAUGCCAUACUUCACGUACACUUCAUGCCUUCUUGAUCAGACGUAACUUCUAAACUGACAGCCUUGUGGUGUCGACAAUCACACCUGGAGACUUAACCUGUACACAUUUCUAUGAACGUUGACUUUUCUAGCACCCUGAGGAUUUUCAUACGUUGGUAAGGGGCUGAGCGUUAAGGGCACUCCGACACUUUAAGUCACACAUUCCUGCAUUCCAACUGGGAAUGUUGAGAUUCCGCUGUUUCCACGAUCCUGCAUUGAACAGGAACAUUGAAACUUAAAGCAUCAAUGCUGGAUUAGUUAAUAUCAACUUAGAAUUUUCUCUUGAUAAUGGCUGACAUAUUGAUUCAAACGGUGCUGGAGGCCAAUAUAACAAGGGCCAGUUUUGCUGUAGAUUUAACAAAUUGUAAUUUACUGCUCAUAACGAGGUCAACCACAUGCAUCCAAACAGAAGUUGAUUUCAGUGUUAACUAUCAAGUCAUUCCAACUUAUUCCACUCAAUGUUUACUCUGUAAUGACAAUAUUCUGCACCUUAGUAGGUUAGCGAUGGCUUGUUGUUGUGGUACGUAGAUUCCACUGCUUCUGUUAUGCUUUUUAGGGUUUAUAAAGAUAAUAAUCAGUAAUUGUAAAUGAUUUCACUACCUAAGGCAGCAAUUUAUUCAGUGGCCAUUCUUUAGCUGGGAUUUUAUACAUUUUUUAUUACUUGUGUUUAUCAUUUUAAAUAAUUGUUAUAUCUGUAAACCAGAUUACACAGUGGGAAAAUAAGUAAUAAAGUGUUUCCUCACUAC